UUAGAAAAAGGAAGAGAUGAUAGUUAUAAAUAGUAAAGUAAUUGAUAUUAUAAAAAGUGCUUCUUUUAAUGCAAUAUCAAAUCUUUGCAAUAAUUUGAUAUAUUUAGUCAUUCUUCAUUUCAUGGCUUUGAGUAAGAAUAAUGCUUCCUUAAACUAGAAUGGGAUUAGCAUAUCAAUGUGCAUAGUAGAAAUAACUUUUGGACCUGUUAUAUAGGCAUUUUCUAAUGGACUUAAAUAGCUUUAUUCCUAGUUUUUUGCUAAUUAUAACUAAAUAAAAGGAAAUAAAAAUCUUUUACUUUAUCAAAGUAUUUUGUUUUGCAUAUGCUUAGGAGUCAUUUUACUAUUUGUUCUAUUUUUUACUUGUGACCAUAUUCUUAGGUUCAUGAAUUAUGAUGAAGAAAUAAUUUCAAUGACUUAUGUAGGAAUAGUUUAUCUAAUAAUUAGUAGGAUGUUACUAGUUAAUUAUGAAUUUAUCAGAGCCUAGUUGAUUGGGUUAAAGUUAUUUGGUCCUUUUGCAGUAUUUUAGUCUACUGCAUUCGGUCUAGCAACUUUUAUUUGUCUAAUAUACUCUUUUUAUAGUGAUAUAGGGAUACACGAGGCUGGAUUUUUUAUGAUUUUACAUGAGAUAAUAAAAAUUUUCCUGCUAAGUAUUUAUAUUCUUCAGUAAAGGGAGUAAAAAAAAGUCUUAUCACAAACUUCUUUAUUAAAUUCUGAUGAAAAUUAGAUUAAUUAAGAAGAGGAUCAAAAUUGCAGAUUUAAUCUUUCUUAAAUUAUCUAAGAAAAGUAAAAAAUGUAUGAUCUUUUAUUGUAUGUAAGGCCUUUAAUUCUUACUUUGUAUAUUGAAUAUACCUUUUUUAACACUUCUGUUAUUUUGUCAGGAAGAUACUCAAAAGAUUAUAUAGUCUCUGCUGUUUGCUUUUCUAUUACAAAUAAUUUAAUUCUAAAAGGUAUUUUGGGGUUAUCAGAGUCAGCAAUAAGCUUUUGUGGCAGUUCCUUUGCUGCAAAAAAUUUUGAGAGUACAAAGCAGUAUUUAAGAUACACUAUUGUCAUACUGCUGAGUUAUGAAGCAGUAUUUAUAAUAUGUUUAAUAACAUUUUCUAAUCUAUGGGCUAGAUGUUUUACUUUGGAUCAAAAUAUUAUUGAUAAUAUAUAAUUCUACAAGUAUUUAUAUUUAAUUACAGUACCAAUAGACGGAACUUAGAUCCUUCUAGCUGCUUACUUGUAAGUUUUAGAGAAAAAGGUAUUUGUUUCUAAAGUUGCUUUAUUCAGUUAUAUUUUUGUAGGAAUUCCACUAAUGUUUAUUCUAGGUGAUUUAAGUGGAUUGAAACUUGGAGGAUUAUGGCUAGCAAUAGGAAUAUCCAAUUCUAUAAAUUUAUACAAAUACAUUCAAUAAAUAUAAAAUAUAGACUAUGAUCUAUAGUUUGGUAUAGCAUAGAAAAAUUAAUAAAUGAACGGAACAUGCUCUUCAAAGAGUGAUGAAAUUCAAUAAAUUGAACUUAGUCCUAUUUUAUCUUCAUAAAAAUAUGAAAAAUGAAGCAAAAUUAUUUAAAAUAAACCUAUUUAAUUUAUGAAAAAAAUCAAUGUAUAUAGUAUAAAGCUUAUUUGUUCAUUUGCUCAAUU